AUGUCGCGUCGUGUGCAAAACAAGCCACGUGUUAAACCACGCAUCCGUUCUCAGGUGGAGCCACCGCCGGAACCGGCCCCCGCUGCUGAAGAACAGCCGGCGUCUGACGAUGAGAAGGAGUCGGAGUGGCGCGCAUCUCGGCCCCCGUCCCCGCCGCAAAGGCCAGAUGACAUCUCCGAAGGUUCUGAAGCUACCGCUCGACCCAUAAGACCAGAACCGGCCAGUCGAUACGCCAACCUCAACUAUUGGAAGGCCAGACGAGUAACAUUUUACCGUAAUGGAGACCCGUUCCAUCCAGGAGUCGAGUUUCGCUUCAAACCGGGAAGAGACCUGGUUUCUAUGGAUGUGUUGCUGGACAGACUUUCCGAGAGACUGGAACUGCCUCGUGGUGCAAGAUUCAUCUUUGGCAUGGACGGCGACAGGAAAUACAGAUUAGAAGAGCUAGAAGAUGGUGCUUCUUACGUCGUUUCGUCUUAUAAGACGUUUAAAGUAAGUAAAGCAGGUUACAACUAA